AACACCCAAAAAAAAAAAGAAAGUUGCGUUGUGAUUUGUACUUUUUCUCUCUCUCUUUCUCUCUCCGGCGAGACUCUGAUCUCGCCGGAAUUCCUCUCUUCAUCACCGGCGAGACUGUGAUUCUCCAUUAUUUCCGACUCCGACUUCGGCAGAGAAUCGCUAAGCGUUUGUCCUUUCGCAUGAAUUUUUAGAAGAAAAAAAAGGAAAAAGAGGAAAAGAAAAUGUUUUCCGUUUCCAUUUUCUCUCUCUCCGAUUUGCUGUGGUGAAUGAAUUUGAUAAUGCAGGUCGAAGAAACGGUUCUGCAGAAGAAAGCUUCUUUAGCUCUGUCCGACAAAAUGGUCGAGGUGGUGAUUAGUUGCCGCCGGUGAAGCUCUGUUGCCUUAGGAUGAGGACCUUGUAGUGUAGAGACAGUCCAUAAGUGAUUAAAUAGUUGGGAUUUUUUUUUUUUAUUUUCUCUGGUGAAAUCUCUGGUUUCUGAACCGCAAAAAAUGCCAUCUGAAAUAAUGGAAAAAAGAGGCGUACACGCCUCCUCCCACUUCUUUGAAGAAAUUUGUUUUCCUUCUGAGAAACAAGUCCGGAAACUGAAAACCAUGUCUGAUCGUCACCGAGUUGGAAUGGAAGGAAUGAUAGCAGUCCCUGGAAGCAAGUUGGAUUCCAUCUCACCCUUGGAAAAAAUUUUACCAGUUGUGGGACGGUCAGUGCAUCGCUUGGAGAUACCACAGUCCAAUCUUGUCCGAGUACAAGCAGAAAGGCAAAGUAUUGGUGGAGAAGGAAUUUCUAAUGUCCCCAGAGCUUCAUGGAAACCUAUGGAUCACGAUCUAAAGUUGUGGUCUGAUUUGUGUGCGAAGCCAGCAUCUUAUAGUUUGGAUGGAGAGAAAAAUCUUAUUCAUGGGUUUCAGCAUGAAAGUAGUCUGUUCUCAAGCUCAUUGUCUGACAUUUUUUGUAGAAAGUUGAAAUUGUCAUCGAAUGAUGACACCUAUCGUCAGCCUGCCAAGACUGUUGUUUCCAACUAUGAAAAAGAACCUUUGAAGGAUUUUGAAGAAAAUGACAAGCAAACUAUUGGGAAUCUUCUUCCUGAUGAAGAUGAUCUCUUUACUGGUAUGACUGACGUGCUGGGACACUGUGCUCAGGCAAAUAGCGGUGAUGAAUUGGAAGACUUUGAUCUGUUUAGCAAUGGUGGGGGCUUGGAAUUAGGAGAGGAUCGUUUAUCUACGGUCCAUCAGAAAUACAAUCUUGUUGGGGUGGGUUGUAAUGGGUCAGUAGUUGGUGAACACUCUUGCGGUGAACACCCUUCUAGAACACUUUUUGUCAGAAAUAUCAGUAGCAGUAUUGAAGAUUCUGAGUUAAAAGCUCUUUUUGAGCGAUACGGAGAUAUACGGACUCUGUACACAGCCUGCAAGCACCGUGGUUUUGUUAUGAUCUCUUACUAUGAUAUAAGGGCAGCUCAAAAUGCGAUGAGGACACUUCAAAAUAAGCCACUGAAGCAUAGGAACCUUGACAUACAUUAUUCAAUACCUAAGGAUAAUGCUUCUGAGAAAGAUAUUAGUGAGGGAAUAUUGCUGGUAUUUAACCUUGAUUCCUCUAUUUCAAACGAUGAGCUUCUUCAAAUUUUUGGGGUUUAUGGAGAAAUUAAACAAAUUCGGGAAACUUCAGACAAGCAUAAUAGCAAGUUUAUUGAAUUUUAUGAUGUUAGAGCUGCAGAAAUGGCUCUUUGCGCAAUGAAUAAGACAAACAUUGCUGAUAAGGAGAUUAAGCUUGAACCAGGCUAUCCUGGUGGUGCCAGGCAGGGUUUGGUGCAUUUGUCCAAUUUGAAGCAAGAUGAUCAUGAACCUAAACUUUUUCAUAGCUUUUGUGACAACUUAUCAACAGGACACAGCGCAAAAGUAUCUCCUGGAGGAAUUGCGUCAAGCUGCAUGGUUAUUGGUUCUAACAAGGACUUCCAUUCUCCGUUCCGGACACCUACAAGCACAUCUGUUGAAAAUGCUUUCUGUCAUUAUAGUUCUAGUCUUCCUAAUACUUUGCCCUCCCCGCUGAGAAUGACAUCUGCUAGCAAACAAUUUGGUUUUUGCGAGUCCAGUAACUCUCUGGAUGAGGUUAAGUUUGGUAACCAAGGAAUUCACAGUUUCCAUCCCCAUUCCUUUCCUGAGAAUCAUGAUGGUUUAGCCCAUGGUAUUCCAUGUAACCCUCCAACUUCUAUUCCAAACUUGACUAAUCUGGGCCUUGGAAUAACCGAAGGAUACAUCAGUCGCGUUCAUGGUGUCAAUACAAAUCAGCUCCCAAGGGAACUUAAAGGAGUUUUUGGAUCUUCUGGAAGUAGGAGCAAUCCUGUUCACGAACAUCAUCUGGCAUGGAAUAAUUCAGGCUCAUUUCAGCAACAUCCUUCAAAUUCUAUGGCGUUGCGGAAUUCACCCUCGUUUGUCAAUGGUCUUCAUGCGCAUCGCUUUCCUCAGACACCUGGAUUUCCUAGAGCUGCACCUCCAAUACUGAAUUCUCCUACACCUUUACCCCACCACAUUGGAUCAGCACCAGCUGUUAAUCCUUCGCUCUGGGAACGGCAUGCCUAUUCUCCAGUAACCUCUGGUCUCCAUCUUGGUUCUCUUGGGAGUGCAGGUUUUCCUGGUAGUCCUCAAUUGCAUUUUAUGGAUGUAUCUUCUCAUAAAAUGUUUUCUCAAGUCGUUGGAAAUGGCGUAGACAUGACUAUAAAUGGCGCGCAACACUCUUCCCAUCAUAGCUGUCACAUAUUUCCUGGGAGAAAUCCAAUGACUUCGAUGCCUUCUUCCUUUGAUUCUCUGCGUGAAAGUGCAAGAAAUCUCUCUCACCGAAGAAAUGAAGCUAAUUCUAACAACGUGGACAAGAGACAAUACGAGCUUGAUGUUGACCGCUUAGCUCAUGGGGAAGACAGCCGAACAACGCUGAUGAUUAAGAACAUUCCCAACAAGUACACUUCAAAGAUGCUUCUUGCUGCAAUUGAUGAGUACUGUCGCGGAACUUACGACUUUCUUUAUUUGCCAAUUGACUUUAAGAACAAGUGCAAUGUGGGGUAUGCGUUCAUCAACAUGAUUGAUCCGCGUCAAAUUAUUCCAUUCCAUCAGGCAUUCAAUGGCAAAAAAUGGGAGAAGUUUAACAGUGAAAAGGUGGCAUCUCUUGCAUAUGCUCGUAUUCAAGGAAAAACUGCUCUCAUUUCCCAUUUUCAGAAUUCAAGCUUAAUGAAUGAGGAUAAACGAUGUCGACCAAUUCUGUUCCAUACUGAUGGUCCUAAUGCUGGUGAUCCGGAGCCCUUCCCCAUGGGCACCAAUAUCCGAUCAAGACCAGGAAGAACUCGAGCGAGCGGCAAUGAGGAUGAGAACCCUUCAGCACCUGCAAGCCGAGAGGAAAAUUUUGGUGGACUCGAUUCGACAUCAGGUUCCUCAAAGGACUCUGACUAGUGAACUGGUCAAACGCGAGACUGACUAUGACUACAAAACAUAAUAUCAGGGUAUAAACACCAUAUCUACCUCAAUUAUAUAUUAUCAUCAAUGGUGGUCUAUCCACUUUCCUUUUUUUUAUUUUUUUUUUAUUUUUUAUUUUGGCUAUAGAGAAGAACUUCUGCAAUUUUUGAAUACUGAAAGCAGCAAUUUUACCAAACUUAUCCCCUAAUUAUCCGAAAUUCUACAUAUUGAGGCCAGAGGGUCCAAGUUUUGCACAUUCGUGGAAUGUACACCUUUUCAGUGUACAGAAGAUCCUCUAAAAUAUGUUCUAAGGUCGUCUUUCUUUUGACAUUUGCCCUUCUCCUUGUGGGCUCUGUUUUUGGUUGGUCAAGGAGAGAGAUAGAAAGCCACACAGCAAGCAGAUUCUGACAAUAUUCCAGUUAAAAUUUUUGUACUAAUAUAUGAUUCGACUCAUUGUAAUGUAUUGUAUGGGAUUGUCGUUUUUUCUUGGCCUCUUUGGCUUUUGUACUGCUCUUAAUUUCAGUUGAGCGAUGGCCAAAACUUCUACCUCAACAUUGUGAUUCUUAUUUUGCUGAAUUGAUGUUGAUUUGCAUU